AAGAUGUUGCAGAUCGGCCAUUUUCUCGAGACUGCACAGCUGAGCCAAAAGAGGACGCAUUUACUAAUUACCUUUGUUUCUUGUUGCCGCCUCUGAUCUCUUCUCCGCUGGGGCCAUCAUUGCAGGGCUACUUGGUGUCAUCCAAGCAGCAGUUGCCACAUUCGCAUAUCUACCCUUGUGCAAGUCACGGCCAUGGCGGGGCGACGUUGGAUGGUCCUGCAAGAUCAUUCUUUGCUUGACGAAUCAGUGGACGGAAGAGACUGAUUGGAUAGAGUAGGGAGGAAGAUUGGAAUGAACAACGGGAAGCCGCCCUGGCAAAAGUCCGAACUCGCACGCGAAGUGUUCGAUAGUGGAGCAGGACUACCAAAUCCUCUUUGGAUGCAGCGACAGCUUCCAAGAGGGGGCCUGCUGCAUAAUGGAUGGAUUCGAUGCUCAGCCAUGACAACAACCUCCUUGGAAGACUCGCGUCAGUAUCGAUUUCACCAUCCUGAUUGCACAUCAGGAGGAAGUCACUCUGAAGGGAAAGAAGGAGAAAAGAAUGGGCUGAUGGUUUAUUGGAGAAAGCUAAGAGAAAGGAACAACACAAGAAACAAGAACAAUAAAUGGAAAUCCAAGCAGCAACAAGCACACAGGAGUCCCUGCUCUAUCCCCCCAUGUACAAACAAGCAAGCGAUUGCCAGGCAACAUCAUCCCAUUUAUAUCCUCCCCACAUGCCUACAGGCUGCUCAUCAUUAGCAAACUCACCUGGAAAAUCUCAACACAUGAUGCGGCCCUGCAGGUGAGGAGAAGUGGAUCGAUCCAUUCGAGAAGAGAGAUUGAUGGUCGGCAGCUGCUCCUGCCUUGAGAAGAAUUCCAACUCACCAGCCUCCUCUCCCUCUUCUUUGUGUGCUUGAGAGAGAGCAGAAGCAAGCCAUCCUUUUGACUGUUCCUUUGCGCUUUUUUCUGCGUUAAGGGAAGAGGAAGAGCAGGGAAAAAGAGUUACCACUUAUUGCUUCUCAAUUUCUGCUUUGCUCUGCUCAACUUUGUGCUCAUCAAUGGAUUGACGCAGAAGCGAGCGGGAGCGGAAGGAGAUGGACUUCUCUCAGGCCGUCCUCGAUCCGUCCGCCAAUGGAGCGGCGCCGAAUCCCGGGAAGAGAGGUAGGGAGAUCGGAGUCCCGGUGGCGAUGGCAUUACCGCAGCAGAACCGAUCUAUCGAUCUCUUAUCGUUGCAACCACAGCCUCCGCUUCCGCCCCCGGCGUUGGUCCGCUUCGCCCAGCUUCAAAGCCAUCCUCCUGCCGUCGUCUCCACGGGCCUUCGCCUCUCCCCCGAGGAAGGACUCCUUUCCACUUUUUCUACCUCUUUUCUCUCUUCCAUUUUCUCUGAGGAGCUCGCCGCCCAUCUCAACCAACAGAAGGGAGAGAUCGAGCAGUUCCUUUGCGCCCAGCGAGAUCAGCUGCGGCGGGCGUUGGCGCAGAAGCGGCGAAGGCACUACCGUUCUUUAAUAGGUGCGGCGGCGGAGUCGGCCGCACAGAGGCUACGUGAGAAGGCAGCGGCGGUGGGGCGGUUGACGCGGCGGAUCAUCGAGCUCGAGGACCACCUUGCCCGCCUCCGAACCGAGUCCAUGGCGUGGCAAGCCAAGGCCAUGGCCGACCAGGCGACGGCAGCUUCUCUCGAGGCCCAGCUCCAACAGGCGGCCGCGGCUGCAGCGUCCCGGGCGCAGGGUGGCCCGUGCGGCAAGUCGAUACCGGCCGAGGACGCGGAGUCGAUCUACGUGGACCCGGACCGAGUCGAGAUGAAGCGGGCGUGCCGCGCGUGUCGGGCGCGACUGGCUUCGGUGGUACUCCUCCCCUGCCGCCACCUCUGCCUCUGCGACGCCUGCGACGGCGGGGAAAGCCCGGCCGAGUCGUGCCCGGUUUGCGGCUGUGUCACAACUGGGAGAAUCCAAGUCUUGCUCGGUUGAGGCGACGAAUCCCAGCCGUCCAAAAUCCCCAUGAACAAAAGAAAAUAAAAAUAGAAAACGUAAAACAUUAAAGAAAAAGAGAGAAGAAAAAGGAAAAAGAAAAGAUGAGGAGAAGUCGGGAUUUUCUAACUCAUCUAUUUCUUUUUCUUUUCAGCUUCAAAUUUUCUACCAAUUUAUCAUAAUUUCAUGGUUUUAUUUCGUGUAACUAUGAAGCCCAUCGGCACCGUUCGUUU